AUGUCUGUAGAGAAUUUCCUUGCCGAAUCAAUUUCGGAACUCUGCCAUCCAGGCGAGCAUCGAUGCAAUGGAGGAUCGAAGUGUAUUCCCGUCAAUCGCACCUGCGAUGGCAAUCUCGACUGCCCAGAAGGGGAUGAUGAGGGACCACUGUGCAAGGAAUGCGAGUAUAUUAAGCACCUUGUUUUCGGUUCUCGUUGCAUUUGUCCCCACGGUUCCGCUUUGAACCCGGACGAGUACACGUGUGCACAAAAGGAUGAGUGUUCUACACCGGAAGGCAAGCAGUGUCAACAUUACUGCGAAGAUCGAACAGUCCUCUCUGAAGCAAAUGUUCUCGAGCAAUCAUCACCAUUCAGGUAUCGCUGUACAUGCGCGCCGGGUUAUCGGCUCGGCGCUGACGGACAUAGCUGCCGAGUCGAUCGCGACAACGAAGGCACGCUGUUUGUCGCGUUAGGCCAUGAGGUCCGCACAAUGCCGCUGUUCGAGUCGAGAACGUCUCAUGAAGGCUACGAGACGGCACAGUCGCUCGGCUCUCAUGGAGUCGUCCGUUCUAUCGACUUUGUAUGGAACCGACAACUCAUCUACCUUGCAAUUUCCAGUUCCGACCAGAGAGGCGAGGUGGCGGUGUCCGUUGGAGGCCUGUUGCGAGUGAUUCGUGAAAACAUCGUCGGCGUGGGACAAGUGGCAGUGGACUGGAUGGGCAGUAACUUCUUCGUCACACAACGGUGUAUCGCUCUUCAUCCUCAGAGAGGUGCCAUGGUGUGGAUCGAGUCAUACGCCAACCAUAACCGGAUCAUGAGUGCCAACAUGGAUGGCACAAAUGUUCGGGUGCUCGUCGAGAAUAAGCUUGAAUAUCCCACGGGGAUAUCGAUUGAUUUGAUCACCAGCAACGUUUAUUUCGGUGAUGUGGAACGGGAGAUGAUUGAACGCGUAAAUAUGGACACCCGUGAGAGGACAGUGGUGCUAACCAAAGGCGUGCAUCAUCCUUUUGAUCUCAAAUAUUUCAACGGGUUUUUGUACUGGAGUGACUGGGCUUCUUCUUCGUUGAAAGUCGCUGAAAUGAGCACUCAUCACAGUUCUGCUCACCUCAUUCACUCGUUCACCGCCUUACCUUUCGGACUCGCUAUCAAUCAUUCAAUGUAUCAGCCAACGCCGUCGUCGUUCCCUUGCCAAUCUAACGACUGUCGAUGGAUGUGCGUUUCGAUUCCCAACGCCGAAGGCGAUCUUCAGGCUAAGUGUCUUUGUCCUGACGGCUACCUCACACUGCCUGAUGGCGAUUGUGGCCCCAUACGCGACUCAGUUGUUCAAGACGACCAAAGUAAGACGGAUAGCGAGGAAAGCAAAACCGUACUCCUAGUGAGUGAAGCAAUUCAGGGCGUGGGUGGGUUCUGGAUAAACUCAGAGCUUUUGCAGGACAUUUCUCACGUCGGUGUGGCGUGGAUGAAAGAACGUUGCGAAGCUGGCAGUGGCUGCCUGAACGGUGGCGAGUGCCAAGACGUGAAGAACGAGCACGGUCGUGUAACCAAGAUUGUUUGCAACUGCGUCUCUCCGUAUGAGGGCGAUCGAUGUGAGCGGACAAAUCCCUUCAGUGAGUACGCCAACCAGCUCCCGCCAUCCUCUCGACCGUUAUGGUUCACCAAAGCAUCGAAAACUGUAAGGGGUCUGGUGGAACGACGAGUUCGACAAAUUCCCUCCACUCUUCCGCAGAUCCAUCCAUUCAUCCAUUCUAUGAAGGAUAGGAACCUUCCCAGAAAGGGUUCGGGUGUUCUGCGCAAGGAGUUCAGCAAUCCUCUGUUCAAUGACGACAGGUCAUCAACAGGUUCAUCGGCAGAAGAGCAGCCUGCGAAUGAGGGUUCGGGUGUUCUGCGCAAGGAGUUCAGCAAUCCUCUGUUCAAUGACGACAGGUCAUCAACAGGUUCAUCGGCAGAAGAGCAGCCUGCGAAUGAGGUAAGGCACAAAAGUGAUCGUUUUUUUUCUAAUAGUAGGCAACUUGGCGCUAACGCCGUGUUGUUUCAGCUAGCAUACAGUAAUCCGCUUUUCACGGAAGAAAACACACACGCAGCACCAUUCUCUGGAAUCCAAGUCACCUACACUAAUAAGUUCGUGCCGUGA